ACGCCGAGAGAGGGAGGGUCGUGCGUGCGACGCUGCUUGCUGCCGGGGAAACGGAGUUCCGAUUGCGGACGGAUUGUGCCGGUGGACUAGAAACUCCCGCCAUUUCGACAAGGAAUUAACCUCUUGAUUGAUCCAGGUUACUUUUUUGCAACACUUGCUAAUUCUCUCAUCCGAUAACAAGAAGCUGCGGCGAUACCAACACGCAGGGGAUACAGUUGGUCAAACGAGAAAAGGGCUAGUUUGCCAAGACUUUGGAUUCUUCAGCGCGCGCCAUAACCUCCUUCUAAACUGAGCUUUGGCUGUUGCCGCGAGUUUGAUUCUCGUGUGUCCUUACAUGUUUAUUCGGAGGAGUUAAAAGUUUACUAACUACACGGAGGGACGCGUCCGGCAACCUGGUCUACACCCGAGACGUUCGCGUAAAACCAGCAUGGCACCGCUGCUACAGGAGAGAAGAAGGAUGCGAUGAGGCGGGCGGCAAGAAGCGCACUGUUAUUGUUUUGCAACGAGAUAGCAUUUCGGCCCGUUUCGCGUUAGCUCGUCCGCUAACUGCCACACGUUGGAGCCGGGCCUGCCGGCGGUAACGUGAGACGCGCUACAAUAUUUCGGGGACACUUGCAUACAUGCUAAGGACAUAUCAUUCCAUAUUGUUGUACUAGUUUGUUACUGGACGAUUACAUUCUACCGUUGGCACGCCGUGGCCAAUCCGUGGAUUAGACAUGGCACCGCUUUUAGGCCGGAAACCGUAUCCACUGGCUAAGCCGCUAGCCGAGCCACCAGGCCCGGGAGAGGAGGUCUACAUCGUCGAGCACACCAAGGAGGCCUUCAGGAACAAAGAAGAGUAUGAGGCACGCUUGCAGAGGUAUAGUGAGCACAUCUGGACAUGCAAGAGCACUGGAAGCAGUCAACUCACUCACAACGAAGCAUGGGAGGAGGAACAAGAAGUCACCGAACUGCUUCAGGAGGAGUAUCCCCAGUGGUUUGAGAAGCCAGUCCUGGAGAUGGUCCACCACAACACAGUGUCUUUAGACAAACUGGUUGAAAUGGCCUGGCUAGAAAUUCUCACCAAGUAUGCUGUGGAUGAAGAGUGUGACUUCCUGGUGGGGAAGGAAAAAAGUUUGCAAGUGAAGGUGGUGAAGAUCCAUCCCCUUGAUAAUCCAGAGGGUGAGUCGGGGGAGAAGAAACUUGAAGGUGCCUGUGACUCUCCAUCCAGCGACAAGGAGAAUGCAAGUCAGGAGAACCAGAGGAAAGAACCUCCUCCCAGAGAAGAAGAAAACAGGAGAGAGAGUCUCAGUGACCGAGCACGCCGUUCACCAAGGAAACUUCCCAUUGCAAUGAAGGAAGAGAAGAAGAGAUGGGUGAUGCCCAAAUUCCUUCCUCAUAAGUACGACGUGAAGCUCAUCAAUGAGGAUAAGGUGAUCAGUGACGUUCCAGCAGACAGUCUUUACAGAACAGAGCGCCCUCCAACCAAGGAGAUCAUGCGCUACUUCAUCAGGCACUAUGCUCUGAGGCUGGGCAUGGGCGAGAGUGCUCCCUGGGUGGUUGAAGAUGAACUAGUGAAAAAAUUUAACUUGCCCAGCAAAUUCAGUGACUUUCUACUUGAUCCACACAAGUUUUUAGCAGAGAAUCCCUCUGCAAAGCGUAAGAGCUUGUCAUCUCCAGAGGGUAAACCUAACAAGAGGCUCAAGACCCCUGACACACCAGGAGAGGAUUCAGGAAAUGAGAAGGGUGAGAAGAAAAGGAAAAGAAAGAAGGACUCUUUAGGCAUGCCCCUUAGUCCAACCAUUUGGGGCCACAUGCAGAAGAUGAAUGGCUCCCCACUUAAGAUGAAGAACUCUGGAUCUCCAAAGAAAGGAGAAGGCAAAGGCUCGGCUCCCUCCACUCCAAAAUCGGGCAGGAAGUCCGGGGACAAGAAGGAAGGAAAGAAGACUGGAAAGAGCAGUGAUAAGAAGCUCAAUGUCCUCAAAGCUUCUAAAAAGGACGGUAAAGCUGGUGCCAAGACACCGAAGAUGAAGCAGAUGACUCUGCUGCAUCUGGCUAAGAGCACCUCUUCUGGGAGCCCUAAGAAGAGAGCCCGCAGUACCGGCAUGGGUACGCCUAAACUGGGGAAGCCACUGCACCCUAUGGCUCUUCACCUCCUCCGUUACUAUAAAGAGAACAAGGGAAAAGAGGACAAAAGAAACUCUCUUUCCUCCCUCAUCUCCAAGGCUGCAAAGACCUUGUCCCCAGAUGAUCGGGACCGGCUGCCAGAGGAGCUCAAGGAGUUGGUGCAGAAACGCUGGGAACUACUGGAGCAGAAGAAGCGAUGGGCAGCCAUGAGUGAGGAGGAAAAGCAAGAAGAGAUGAAGAAAAAACGCAAGGAACUCAAAGAGAAACUGCGAGAAAAGGCCAAGGAGAGACGUGAGAAGGAGAUGCUGGUCCGCCGCGAACAAUCUCGCAGAUAUGAGGACCAGGAGAUCGAAGGUGGCAAGACUCUGCCGGUGUUCAAGCUUGUAGACAUGCCUGAGGGGUUGCCCAACACCCUGUUCGGUGAUGUGGCUAUGGUCGUGGACUUCCUUCACUGCUAUGCAGGGCUGCUAAUGCCCGAUAACCAGUAUCCCAUCACAGCAGUGGCUCUGAUGGAAGCGCUGGCAGGUGAACGGUCCGGCUUCCUCUACCUGAAUCGUGUGCUGGUUGUGCUGCUUCAGACACUGCUGCAGGAUGAGCUGGCAGAAGGCUACAGUGAGCUUGACAUACCCUUAUCUGAGAUCCCUCUUACCAUGCACUCAGUUUCAGAGCUGGCACGGUUGUGCCUGCGACCAUGUGACGCCCACGGGGAGGAGAGCAACCAGGGCUCAUUGGACACAGGGGCUUUGGGCGGCUUUGACGAUGUGGUGACCAGUGAGUUCUUGGAGAAGCUUGAGACAAUCGAGGUGUUUGAGCUGAGCCCCGAGGAGAAGGUCAGCCUGCUGGUGGCACUUUGCCACCGCAUACUCAUGACUUACUCUGUUGAAGACCACGUUGAUGCAAUGCAGCAACGGUCAGCCGAGGUGUGGAAGGAGCGUCUGGCAAUGCUGAAAGAGGUCAAUGACCGCAAGAAGGCAGAGAAGCAGAUGCGAAAGGAGAUGGAGGUCAAAGGCGAGAAAAAAAAAGAGGGAAGUGCAAAGAAGGAGAACAAAAAAGAAGUAAAGGUAGAGCCAGAACCGGAGCCAGAGGACAUGAUCAGCUCGGUGAAGAGUCGGCGGCUGAUGUCCAUGCAGGCCAAAAAGGAGAAGGAGGAGAUGGACCGACAGAACAAAGAGCGCAUGGAGAAGGGGGCUGAAGAGGAGCGUAUGCGUAAACAGAGGGCUUCUGUAGAAAAGGCCUUUCAGGAAGGUAUAACCAAAUCCAGGCUUGUCACGCGCAGGACCCAGUUGGGAACGGACAGAAAUCAUAACCGAUAUUGGCUUUUCUCUGACGUGGUACCUGGUUUGUACAUUGAGAAAGGCUGGGUGCACGAAAGCAUCGACUACAACUUCACCCCUCCACCUGAGGAGAAACCAGCCAAGCCCGAAGAGGAAGAGGAUGGUGAGUCGGCCGUUACUCAGGAUUCACAAGGAGCUGAACAGGAUGAUGGCAGCAUAGACGGUGCUAUUAGUGAGGGAGCCCAGCAGGGAGCAGCAGUAGACAUCUGCAUAGAAACUACUGUACCCAACCAAGGACAGAACCUCUGGUUCAUUUGUGACAACACAGCUGAGCUGGAGGAACUUGUGGAGAGUCUUCAUCCUCAGGGGGUUAGAGAGAGUAACCUGAAGGCAAAGAUCCAAAGCAGGUACCAAGACGUCCUCCACUCUGUCCAUCUGACCCGUAAGGCAAAAAUGGGCCUCAGGACCUGCGAUGGCUACUCGGAGCUGCUCAAUUACCUGCGCAGUGACAUCCAGGAGGUAGCCUCACGACUCCAGAAGGGAGGCCUGGGAUACCUGGAUGACAACGUAGACAUUGAAGAGCAGUUGAAAGACAUGGAGAAUUUGAAAGACUUUGGCGAGUGCAUCAUCACCAUUCAGGCCUGUGUAAUCAAAAAGUUCCUGCAGGGAUUCAUGGCCCCCAAGCAGAAAAAGAAGAAAAAGCAAGGAGGGGAGGAAAGCAGCAAGGCUGAAGAGGUGGACGACGAGAAGAGACUGGCAGAAGAGGCCAGGGUGGCGACAGCGGUAGAGAAGUGGAAGACUGCCCUCCGAGAGGCCCUGACCUUUUCCCGCAUGCACGUCCUGCUGGGGAUGUUGGAUGCUUGCAUAAAGUGGGAUAUGUCUGCUGAGAAUGCUCGCUGCAAAGUCUGUCGGAGGAAAGGUGAUGAUGAGAAACUUAUCUUAUGUGAUGAGUGCAACAAGGCCUUCCACCUGUUCUGUCUGCGACCAGCCCUGUACGGCAUCCCCACCGGAGAGUGGCUGUGUCCGGCCUGCCAGCCCACUGUUGCCAGACGUGGCUCCCGUUCAAGGAACUACAACGAAGACACAGAUGAUGAAGAAGAGGAGGAGGAGGAUGAGGAGGAGUCUGAAGAGGAGGAGUCUGAGGAAGAGGAUGAGGAAGAAAAUGACUACAAGGCCAUGGGUCACAGCUUGAGACCAAGGAAGAAAAAUAAGCAGUCUUCAUCUCGGCAGAAGAUUUCAAAAAGUAAACCCAAGAAGCAGUCGUCUUCAAGUAGUCAGAGCAGCAAACCGAGGACUGGCCCCAACAGCCCUGCAGACAUUGAUGAACUGGUACGACAGAGUUCCCAAACAGGAGUGCGCAGGCAGGUGCUGGAGCUGGAGAAGUGCGAGGAAAUCCUCAAGAAACUGAUGAAAUUCCGCUACAGCUGGCCUUUCAGGGAUCCUGUGUCCGUGGAGGAGGCAGAAGACUACCUGGACAUCAUCUCCCAGCCCAUGGAUUUCCACACAAUGCUCGGAAAAUUCAGCCAGGGCUCGUAUCGCCACGCCCAGGAUUUCAUGGAAGACCUGAAACUAGUCUUCUCCAACGCAGAGGAGUACAACCAGCAGGGCAGCACCGUGCUCUCCUGCAUGGUCAAGACGGAGCAGACAUUCACAGAGUUGCUCCAAAAGCUGCUGCCUGGCCUCAGCUACCUCCGCCGGCGUUCACGCAAACGCAUCAGCCAAGCCCCUGCAACAUCUGAAGAGGAGGAGGAGGAGGAAGAAGUUGAUGAGGAAGAAGUUGAAGAAGAGGAGGAGGAAGAAGAAGAGGAGGAACCAAAGAAAAAAAUGCAGAAUGGCAAAUCAAACGGGAAGAAACCCAGAAAUGUUCGAGGACAGAAGGAAGAGGAGAGGGAGGAGGAGGAGGAUGAUGAUGAUGAUGAUGAUGACAAGAGACGAAGUAAGAGGACCUCUACCACCUCAGGUAGGAAGGAUUACAGGGAGCAGGAUAGUGAUGGCGAGCGGGACACACGGAGAACUCGUCAGCGGGGGGGGUGGAGCGACGUUGGGGGGGCGCGCAGCGAGAAGGACCGGUCCAGCCAGCAGCGACAUUCCAAGCGUCAGAAACGCUCAUGAAGUCCAGGGUGUUUGUUGUUUUUUGUCAUCUCUUUGCUUUAAAAUUUCUGUCCCGCUCUUCUAGAAAUGAUCAAGAGCUCUCCUCCUCCACCACCACACAGCUAGCGGGACUUAAUCCUCAGAAGGACUUCUUUUGUGUUAUUGAUUUUUUUCAUAUUUUGAAAAACUACAAAAGAAAACUGAUUUAUAUUUGUACCGUGAUUUUUUUUCUUUUCUUUUUUCAACCAAGAAAUUGAGACAUCUGAGAUAAUGGAUGGGUCCUUGUAGCUCUUAAUACUCUUUGAUUUGAAUUUAUUUUCCAAGUCGACAUCUCACACACACACACACACGUGUAAUUUGACUUAAUGUUGUCAGUUAAAGAGAUGGUGUCCAUGUAGCCGAAGCCCUCUGGGAAAUCUUUCUUUGUUUAAAAACAACGCUGACAACCUGUAAAUCACUCUUACUACUAAGCAUCUUGACGCCAAGAUUAUCUUUGGUCAAAUGCCAGUCUAUAGUUAAAUAUGAUAGGACUUUUACUAGUUUUAGAUAUAUAUUUUCCCCCCAGCCCAGGUGCAGAUUUAGUGUCAAAAGCUUGGUCGACACUUCAGGUCACACAUGUAGUUGCAUCAUUUUAGUGCUAACACGUUUCCUCUCGGCUCUUCUCGUGCCAAGAUGUUUUCAAAAACAUGGACUCGACUUGGAGUCGUUCUUGGUGCGUAGAGCUGACCAGCCUUUCCUCUGUAGUGCCCUGCCACUUUAAAAGAAUUGGUACCUCAAUGAUCCAUCAGUUUACACUCCUGUGUGAAGUGCACCUAUUAUGCCAGCAGCUGCAGGACCAGACUUUAUUAAAAUUAUGUGCAUAAACACAAAUGUGACAUUUGUUAAAAAAAAAAAAAAGGGCAUUUCUGAAUAUUUGAUAUUUUUUGCACAUUUUAUUUGGUUUUGUAAAUGAUAAAACUUGUUGAUCUUAAUCCCAUUAAAUACAUGUUAAGGUGGCUCUCCUAGUCACUGAAGAGAACAUGUCAGUUAUCUUACUUUUCAUUAUCGCAGCAUAAAUAAUUUAGUCACUUAUAUUUUGCAACACAACCUUAAAGUCGCGGAUUUAGUGACACGCGUGAGGGUGAAACUGCUCAAAUGAAGGCUUCCCUGCAUCUCCUGGUUCAGCCACCAGGUGGUGCUCUCUUCCUGCUCUAAAUACUUUUGUCCCAAUAGUUUGGUGACGGUGUGCUGUGACUGGUCAUCGAAGGACAGGGAGCUUCAUAGUGCUGGUGUACUUUGGCUCUACAACUUGUUUUGUAAUAACUUCUAUGCAGUCAACUUAACAAAAACCUUUUGAAUGUGCAGAAGUUUGUGGUGUGGUUGCCAGCGAUGUAUUUGUAUACAUAUGCUAACAAGGCUGUGGUUGGUUUGACCUCUUCUUUCUGUGCUGUUCAGUGUUUUUUUCUAGUGCGGUUAUCAUCCUGAUUUUUUUAAAUUUGUUUCUGAUUUCAUUUGGCCAUUGAUGUUUUUUCCCCCCUAUUUUUUUUACUUUUUUUUUUUUAAUGUUUUUUUUUAAAUCCAGCUUUGUUCCUGAUCUGAUUAACAAUUGUUUAAAUCACUGUUGUAAUUGUUUGACAUUUCAACGAACAAACAAAAGGUGACUACCCUUCUCAAGUUGAGACCUGACUGUAAAUGCUUUCUUUGUUCUUUAAAGGAACUGCAAAAGUCUUUUACACUUCCUUUUUUUAUAUAUAUAUAUUUAUAGUCUCUAAAGCUGGGUUUGGGCAGGUUAGGAGGAUUCACUUGUAAAGAAUUUCCAAUAAAGGCUGUGGACGAAGA